AUGGGCAAGCGAGGUUGUGAACGGUGUUUGGAGAGUUAUUUGAGGUGCAUGACUUUUGAUAAACCCAAAGAGUGGCCUAGGUGGUUAGGCCUUCUUGAAAAUCUUGGUAUAACACUUCCCAUCACUCGGCCUAUUAACAUGUCCCCUUAUGAGGUCAUUUUUAUUCAAAAACCACCUCCUUGUACCCUACCUCCCUUUGGACUCCCAACAUGGACAUGGUUGAUAGAAGUCUCGAGCGAGGAAGUUAUCCUCAGGAAACUCAAAUUUCACUUGGCUCAGGCUCAGAACAGGAUGAAAAUGCUGGCUGACAAGCACAGGACUGAGAGGUCUUUUGAGGUUGGUGAUUGGGUUUUUGUAAAGUUGCAACCCUACAGGCAACUCUCUCUCAAAGAUCACUCCUUUCAGAAGCUAUCAUCUAAGUUCUUUGGCCCUUUCCAAGUUACUGCUACAGUGGGACAUGUUGCCUAUACUUUGGCUCUACCUAGGGGGUCCAAAAUUCAUCCAACUUUCCAUGUCUCUCAGCUGAAGAAGAAGAUAGGCUCCCACCUUGCCUCUACCACACUACCAGAGGUUCACUCAGACUCUGGUCACAUUUUACUGACCCCUGCAGCCAUUCUUGAUAGGAGGUUGGCACAACGGAGGGGAAAGGCAAUCACUCAAGUCUUAGUUAAAUGGUUAAAACCGUGGCUUUGA